AUUAGGAAAACAAAAAGUAUAUCCAUGAUCGGGGCAUCCAAGAAUGCCCCGUCGUAUGAUAACAAUCAUUUGUUGAGCUUAAAUUUAAACGUUUUUUAUAAAACAUUUUUGUAUGACCUUUAUUGUCUUGUCGGUCCUUUGCAAGAUGUCAUCUCGACUUGUUGCCAUAGAAACUCAAACUCAACGACAGGUCCCAGGAUGGCUGCAGUAAACAUGUCCGCGUGUUACUCCGCUGUCUGCGCAGACCAUGAGAUAGAAAUCAAUCCACACGUUAAGGAGGUUUUAGAGAAGACUACGCUAACAGGCACUGGUGUGACAAUAAAACUGCCAGGAAACAGUCGCCGGGGAAACGCUCAGCGACUUGAUGACGACGACGUUCUUGCCCUCUCAAAAUGCUUGAGAAACAAUAAGAGUGUAACAGGUCUCGAUGUCGGGUACAAUAACAUAACAGACAAAGGGGUUGAACACCUAGUCGACCUCCUACAGGACGACAGCUCGUCUCUGCGCUCUCUGGACCUGAUGUUCAACGACAUCCGGGGAGCCGGAGCGGAAGUUCUCGCAAGGAGCCUGCAGUGCAACAGCACCUUGCUCUCCCUCAGGCUGUCCGGCAAUAAGAUCGAGCGCAGAGGAGCCGCGCACCUGGCCAGCGUGCUGCAGGUGAACAGCACCCUGAGGGAGCUGGAGCUGGCCGACUGCGACCUGGACACUCAGGGCGUGAUGGCGUUGGCCGUCGCUCUGGGAAGCAACGAGACUCUUCUCUCCGUCGACCUCAGCCGCCCGCUGCUCCCCAGCCUGCAGGAGGAGUGGGCGGUGCACGCGUCCGAGAUGCUGGCGGCGAACGGCGGCCUGCUGGAGCUCCACCUGGGGAAGAUGGGGAUGGGCGACGCGGGGAUGGAGAGGCUGAGCGCCGGCCUGAGGCUCAACGGCAGCCUGCGCUACCUGGACCUCCGCUGCAACCGCGUGACUCGCGACGGCGUGCGUCACCUGUCCGAGCUGCUGAAGCAGAGCCGGACCCUGCAGGUGGUGGAUCUGUCGUCCAAUCGGAUCGAAGACGAAGGCGCUGCGUACCUGAGUGAGGGCGUGGCCUGGCCGGGCUGCGUCCUGAGGGAGCUGUCGGUCAGAAGCAACCACGUGGGGACGGAGGGGCUGCUCUCUCUGGCUCAGGCUCUGAUGGCGAGCACCGCUCUGAGCCACCUUUACAUCUGGGGGAACCGCCUGGAGGAGCCCGUCUGUCAGGUGUUCGGGGAGAUGAUCGCCAGCGGCCGUCUCCCUCCGAGCCGGACUGACGUCAGCGCGUACGAGGCGGACGGCCGGACGUUUCUCGCCGAGGCCUUCCGUGGUUUGAGGAGACGCCGCUUCGGGGCGGACGUCGACACGUUCCCCUGCGAUGCCUCGAUGUGAGGCCUCGAUGUGAGGCCUCGAUGUGAGGCCGCCGUCCCGGCGCUCGGUUCCCUGCAGUCCAGCUGGGCUUCAAAGUGGAAAUACAAACCAAAUAGAACAAUGAAGAAGAGAUGUUUUCAAUUAAAGGUGCAUCGAUAUUCA